AUGAUGGGAUACGGGGGUCAACCCUUUCAUCCCUCCCAGCAGCAACAGCAGCAGGCGCAACAACCGCAUCCUUCCAAUCAACCCCAGCAUCCCCUGGCUCCUCAACGUCAGCAUAUUCCAUCACCGUCGCUUGGCGCCGCACCGAACCUCCCGCAACAUGGAAGUCCCUACCCAAGCAACAAGCCGAUCUUCCGUGCACAACCGCAACAGAGUUUUACGGCUUCUCAAUCCCCUGACUUGCGUAAGAUGGCUCCAACCUCUACAGGGCCGUUGGCGGGGUAUCCCACCACCACCAGUUUUGUGCCUCAAUUUUCUGGUCAUUUUACGCCGCAGGGCUCUCCGGAUCUGAUGUCGCGAAAUCCCGAUCCUAUGGCUUUGCAAAACAUCCAAAGGGGCGCUUAUGGCCCGAUCGCCCACUUGCGACAGCAACCAGGAAUGAGUCCGGGAAUGAGUCCGGGGAUGAGCCCCCCGACCGGCAUGACACAUCAGCACACCGGCGGGGUAUCAUCGCCACAGCAAUCUUUAAAUAGACUGCCUCAUUCGGGCGUUCAUCAACGAGAUAGCUAUGCAUCGGCCAGCCCAUCCAUGGCGAGUCCAUCUAUGUUUGCCAUUAACCAGCAGAGACAACCUCAAUCUCAGCCGCAAUCCCCUCAGCAGACACAUCAGCAGUUACAGCAGAGGCAGGUACAAUAUCAGCAGCAGCAGCAACAACAACAACAACAUCAUCAAGAGAGAAUGCAGCAGCAGCGGAUGGAGCAACAAAAGCAGAUCCAGCAACAGCAGCAGCAACAACAGCAGCAGCAGCGCUUGGAACAGCAGCAGCAGCAGCAGCAACGACUGGAGCAACAGAAGCAACUGGAACAACAGCAAAAGCUAGAGCAGCAGAAACAAGAGCAGCAAAAGCGACUUGACCAGCAACAACAACAGCAACGUCUUGAAAAGCAACGCUUAGAGCAGCAGCAGCAGCAGCAGCAGCAGCAACAACGACUCGAGCAGCAAAGGCAGCAGCAGCAGCGCUUGGAAAAACAGCGAUUGGAGCAGCAGAAGGAGCUUCUGGAGCAGCAGAGAUUACAAAAGUUACAACAGCAAACUCAAGCACAAAAUCCUUAUCAACAACAACAAUCUCCUUUUGCGCAGCAUGCGCAGCCUCCGUUCCAUCAGUACCAGCCACCAACCUUCGUUCAACAACCCGUCCAAUUCACCCAGCCAGCUCAGCCCCAAUUCGCACCCUCGCAACAGACCCCUCAGUUCCAGCACUACCAACCACCAUCACAACCCUCGGCAGAAGUUGCACACUCAUCCGUGGUGCAACCUGGAAUGACAUCUGCGGGGAACCAAGUCAUCAACCAGGCCAUCAAGAUGGAAGAACAAAGCCCUGCUCCAAAGAAGAAGACGCCCAAGCCUAGGAACUCCAUGGCUGCCCCGCCUCAGUCUACCCAGGCUCAAGCACAGCAGAACAUCCCUGUUCCUGUGGCGACUGCUACUCCUGCUCAGCCUAAUGGCCAAUUGCAAAUAACCUCCGGUGACCCUUCGACCCCGACCCCAAAACGUAAACGCGGACGUCCCCGCAAGGAGGAAGUGGCAGCUAGAGCUGCUCAAGCUGCCGCCCAUGCUGCAGCAAACGGUCUACCCUACCCGGGAACACAGCCCGGACAAGCAUCGUUCAACCCUAAUAUGACGCCCACGGCCGCUGGUUCAGCCGUGGCUACUCUGACGCCUAUCAUUGGCCCCGACGGAACGCCAUUGCCCCUUAAGCGCAAGCGUGGCCGCCCCCGCAAGGCAGACCAAAUUGCCUGGGCAGCUGCAACUGGCCAGCCAUUACCACCACCGAAGCCGAGGAAGCCGGCUGUACCUAAGGCAAACAAGCCUAAACAACCUGGAACUGGUCGGCCUCGAGGCAGACCUCGUAAAUCAGAUAUUGCGGCUGCCGCUGCGGCCGCUGCGGCGGCCUCUGCUGCAGGUGGAAACCCGGUACAGGCAGAGAACAAGCCGAACUUGGGGGAUAAUACAGAAAUGAACCAGGCUCGUAAGCGUGUGGCACUCAGCGGAGAUGAUGAUCCAAGCAAGCGACCUUGUCCGACGCCCCCAUACCCUCAACAGAGUCAAAUGCAGCAGCAGCAACAACAACAGCAAUUACCACAGAACCACUCGCUACCUCAGCCUGGGCAACCAAUGCCAGGUCAACCGAUCUCUGGGCAACCAAUGACAGGUCAACCGAUCUCUGGGCAAUCAUUGUCAGGGCAGUCGAUGCAAGGCCAGUCAAUGUCAGGGCAGUCAAUGCAAGGUCAAUCGAUGUCAGGGCAGUCGAUGCAAGGUCAAUCGAUUUCAGGGCAGUCAAUGCCACAGGCUCAUCACCUCCAACAGCAGGCUCAACACAUGGCAGCCCAAGCAGGUCAACACAUUCCCCAACAAAUAUCACACCAGCCUGGGCAGGGUCUCUCAAUGCAGCAUAUGCAAAUGCACCAACAGUCUCCUAUCCACUCAGGGCGGCCUACACCCCCACAAGCGUUUAUGCAGAUGCCUCCAAUGCAGCAUGUCCAAGCCCAAUCGAUGCACGGACAUCCUCAGCCCCAGCUUCAAGGUGUCCAGACACAAGGGAGAGUUCCACCCCAACCUGCACCGCAGCAUCAACACCAACAUACAUUCCAAAUCCAACUUCAGCCUCAGCCCACCUAG